AUGGGUGUUUUGUGCUUCGUCCGGGGAGCGUUCUCUGGGCUUGGUGUUUUCACCAGAAAAAGCACCGGCUUAAGAGUUCAGCUUAUCUCCUGUGGCUCAGCUGCAACGGGCGUCCCAGUCAAGAGGUACAGCCAGGACACGAGUGAACAUGUCAGAAAGCAGUUCGUGUGCUAUCGACUCGCACACAGGACCCUGCUCAAGAUCCAAGGACAAGAUACGAGUCCGUUUCUUCAGGGGCUUAUAACCAACGACAUGGGGUUGCUGGAUGAGCCAGAGCAUGAGGCCAUGUACGCUCAUAUGCUCAAUGUCCAAGGAAGGACUCUGUAUGACAUCUUGUUGUACAGUCUGAAAGAAACAGAAGAAGGACGUGGUGUUUUCCUGGAAUGUGACAGCACUAUGAAGGACUCAAUCCUAAGACACUUGAAGGUUUACAAGCUCCGCAGACAGGUCAAAAUUCUCCCCUGUCCUGAGCUCUCUGUAUGGGCGGUGCUGUCUCAGAAAAACAACUCGGACCAAGAGCCCAAAACACCUGAGCUCUCUGUCCCUGAAAAGGCUCUGGUAUGGGAAUCUGACCCGCGUACUCCACGCAUGGGAUGGAGACUGGUGUUGAACAGUCAAGUUGAUGCCUUGGAUAUCAUUACAUCUUGUCAAAUAGGAGACAUAGAGGACUAUCACAGACAUCGUUAUGCAAUAGGCCUUCCUGAAGGAGUUAAGGACCUUCCUCCUGGGGUGGCAUUGCCACUCGAGUCAAACCUCGUCUACAUGCAGGGUAUCAGCUUUAGCAAGGGCUGUUAUAUCGGCCAGGAGCUCACAGCCAGGACUCAUCACACUGGAGUGAUUCGCAAACGCCUCAUGCCAGUGCGACUGUCAACCCCAGUCCAAGACCUCCAGGAAGGAGCCGCGCUGCAGACGCAGGCGGGCAAGCCAGCCGGGAAGCACCGAGCAGGGGUGGAGGAGCUGGGUCUGAGCCUAAUCCGCAUGGCUCAUGCCAAAGAGGUGCUAACACUCAAAUCUUCAGACGACACUAUAGUUCAACUCGAGGCCUCUGUGCCAGACUGGUGGCCUAAAGAUGUAAUGAGCCGGGACACUGCUAUCCACAGCUGGCCAGGUUCUUACUAUAUCAACGGCGAGAAGCGAUGGGAGAAUGGAACCCUGUCACUCACCAGAACCACGGUGUACUUCACCUCCAGUCAAAGCAAGGAGAGCCUCUGCAGCUUCCGUUUGUCUCGGAUCAUGGAGAUUAAGAUGGAGGCAUCUAGUUUCAUCUUCAGCACCCUCACUGUGCUUGAAAUGGGCAAUGUCAAGCACUGGUUUGGCUCCCUCAAGCCCAACCGGGUUGUGGUUUAUAAUGUGAUGGAGCAUUUCUGGAGAGAGCGUCUUCUUUCUCCCAACUCAGAGACUGGACGGGCUGAGUCUCAGCCCACUAAGGGCAGAGAGCUGAUCAGCCUGGUAGCAGGUGCCCAGAAAAGACUGGAGGACACUGGUAGAGUUCUCAGCCACCAGGGAGAGCAAUUUGACAACAUGAUGCAAGGACUGGAGAAAAUUGACUCUGAUUUGGGCGUGGCUGAUAAGCUUCUGUCAGAACUUGAGUCUCCCCCCUGGUGGCCUUUUGGUAAGCUCCCCUGGAAGACCCAGCAAGAGGCCAAAGCUGAAGACGCUGCCAGAGCUGCAGCUGCAGCUGCCGCCUCUGCAGCCAGAGGCACCAGUAAAACUAAAGUUAUUGUAAGCAUCCCAGCAGUUUUGUCCAAAGGUGGAAACUCUGACUUGAAGCCUGGGUGUUUCCUGGUACUAGUAUCCUCACUGGAGGUGCGAGACACAAACUGCAUACUCCUUCACCGAUUUGAGCGGAAUGAAAUAGAUGAGAUCCGGGUGCACAGCCCCUAUGAGAUUACGGUUAGACAGCGAUUCAUUGGGAAGCCAGAUAUGUGUUACAGGCUCCUUUCUGCCAAGAUGCCAGAGGCGAUGUCCGUGCUAGAGAUGCAGUACAAAAAGAAGGUAGAAUUCACAAGUGAAUACACAGCUUUUAAGGCAACUCCACUUUCAUCUCCAUGCGACAUGGAAGGGACACACUGGAAUGAAGGUUUUCUGCAGAGGUGCCAAGAGACUGAGCUCCCAGUGGAGGUCCCAGCAGGAGAGCUGUCCCAGUUGCAGGUGCAAGUCCUCCAGCCAUCUGUCAGUCAGGCUGAGGCCCAGGAACUCAAGCAGAUGCUGAGGCAGCUGAAGAACCUCGCACUGGAGGCCGAGACGGAGCUGGAACGGCAGGAUGAAGCUCUGGACGUCCUGACGAACUCAACGGACCGGGCCACCAUGCACAUAGAGAAGCACACGUGCCGCAUGAAAAGGCUGCUGUAG